AAAAAAUUCUCAAAGAUUGGCACAAUGCACAAAUGACCUCCCGUAAUCGUAUAGAUAGCGGCACCAAUAAGAUGGACGAGAUGAAUCAAACUCAAGGGAUCUUCAUGAAAAAAUAUCCCAAGAAAUUUGAUAAAUUUGAAUGUUGGGAGAAAGUUAAGUACCACCCGUAUUUUGUUGAUCCACCAUCUAAUCCUCAACCACCGGCAUCAUAUUCGACAGCUACUGCCUCUGAAAAUGAGUCUCCAAUUGAGUUGGAUGAUGAUAUCGUUUUGGAGACACCAUCAAGCUCCAUGCCAAGACCAAUGGGACAAAAGAGAGCCAAAGAAGCAAAGAAGAAAGGAAAGAAGGCGCAAGAUGCAGCUGAAAGUAUGGCUCUUGCUAUUCAAGCCAUGGCCGAAUCAACCCAAGCUUCUGUUGAGCUAGUGAAGAAAAGAAAUGAAAAAUGGCCUCUCACACAAAGAAGGUAUUUGAAUUUGAAGAGGCAAAAGAAGAUGCAAGAAUUAUGGCCAUGGAACUAAUUCCAUGACACCACAAUCAAAGGCUUGGUGGAAAAAGAAGAAGGGUGAUAUCGUAGCAAAAACAAUGUCCGAUGCUGGUAGUAGCGGUUGCUACAUACCCCAAUUCGACUAAAUUUAAAUGUUGUUUAGGAAAUCAAGUUUUAUUUUUUAAUGUAAUUUAAAUUUCACUUAUG